UUAUUUAUAAUGUUUAUUUUAAUGGUAAUUUUAAAAAAUAUAGGUGAAAACAUAAGAAAUGAAGAAUUAUGUUUAGAAAUGAAGAUCAAAGAAGAGGUUAAUGACGAAAAAUUAUUUGAAAAUAAUGAAAUAUGUGACAAUAUAAGUGAUAAUAAUAUAAUAAUAAAAAAUGAAAGGGUUAAAAUUGAACCAGAGUUUAAUUCAGAGUUAAUUAUAAAAGAUGAAAUGUUGGAAAAAACUGAAACUGAUUCAAAUCAUCAAGAAGUGUUCAAGGAAAAUUAUUUUUGUGAUACAACUACAAUUAAAUUACGUAAACAAAAACAAAUACAGAAGCAAAAAUUGUAUUCAUGUGACGUGUGUGAUGAAAUAUUUAACUAUCGACGCACUUUAGUUAUACAUAAACGAACGCAUACGGGGAAAAACCAAUUUUCUUGUGAUGUUUGUGAAAAAAAAUUUAACCAUAGACAAAAUUUAGUUGUACAUAAACGAACUCAUUCUGCAGAAAAAUUAUUCUCAUGUGAUGUUUGUAAUAAAAUGUUUAACCAACAAAACCAUUUAAUUGUCCAUAAACGCACACAUACUGGAGAAAAACCAUUUUCAUGUGAUGUUUGUGAGAAAAAAUUUAUCGUACAACACCAUUUAGUUGGACACAAACGAACUCAUACUGGAGAAAAACCAUUUUCUUGUGAUGUUUGUAAUAAGAAGUUUAAUCGACAACAGCAUUUAAUUGGACAUAAACGAACACAUACUGGUGAAAACCUAUUUUCUUGUGAUGUUUGUGAAAAAAAAUUUAGCUAUAAACAAACUUUAGUUAUUCACAAACGAACUCAUACUGGAGAAAAACCAUUUUUGUGUGAUGUUUGUGAGAAAAAAUUUAACCAACAGCACCAUUUAAUUCGCCAUAAACGAAUUCAUACUGGAGAAACACCAUUCACUUGUGAUGUUUGUGAGAAAAAAUUUAAUCGCCGAGAAAGUUUAGUUCAACAUAAACGAACACAUACUGGAGAAAAACCAUUUUCUUGUGAUCUUUGUGAGAUAAAAUUUAGCUUUAAACAAAGUUUGGUUCAACAUGAACGAACACAUAUGGGAAAAAAACAAUUUUCUUGUGAUGUUUGUGAGAAAAAAUUUAGCAUCCAACAAAAUUUAAUUCAGCAUAAACUAAGACUCCAUAGUAAAGAAAAACCAGUCCUUGUGUGAUGUUUGUAAUAAAACAUUUAAGUUUAAAAAUAGUUU